AUGCAGAGAGAAGGCCCUCAAUACCGCACAGACAUCCAGAAAAUGAUGUACAUCCAUGGAGAAGUCCCAGAUCCUCUACCAGAGACAACGGACUUUAUCAAGACCAUUGUGCACGAACAGAUGAUUGAAAUUAUAAAACGAGCCGCAGAUAUCACCAGCCUUCGAUCCUCCCAGCAAAUCACUCCCCUAGAUAUCGUCUUCGUCAUCAGACAUAACAAGCAGAAAGAAACCCUUGUCCAGAAGCACGUCAAGUUUACUGAAAUUCGCAAGACCAUCAAGUGCGACAGAAAGGAGAAGCGGGUUUUGACGCAGGAAGAAAAGAAAGACAGUAACCGCACUGGCGCAGAUCUCAUACUUCCAGGCUAUACUAUUCCGUUUCUCAACGAGACAGUGAUCAAGUGUGGUGACGACUCUGUGGACAAUCUAUCCGCGGCGAACGACGCCUAUCAACAACGUCUCGCGGACGCAGAUGAACGCACCCGAAACAUGUCCGAAGCAGAGUAUGCCAAGUGGACGGGUUUUCGGCGGGCAUGGUUCACGAAGGGCCGGAAAGAGCGAUUCGGCGAGUGGUUGGGCCUAGAGAGCAUGACGGGGGUGUCGCUGCAUGACGACGUUUUCGAGGUCCUGAGUUUGCUGGCGUUUGAUGUCGUGGUGAACGUGACCAAGGAGGCGUUGAGGGUCAAGGAGGUUGAAGUUCGAGAGUGUCUUCGAGAAGAGACACUCCGUGCCUUCAACGAUCCGUUUUCUUUAAGGUCGCAGGAUCCUGUCCAGCCUGAUCCGCUUCAAGUCAGACAUGUUCGUGAUGCAUUCAAUCGGUUGCGGGUGAAUCCGCGCCAAGGGGUUGCGAAUCUUCUGAUCAGAGGACACAGAGCUCCGAAUGUUCCAGAUGCCUUGGUACGUAUGAUCUUCGAAUUCUAUAUAUAA